AUGGCGCAAGCAAACAGCAAAGAAAGCCCAGGAUUCUUCUCGGUACUGCUAGGAUUCGGCUCCGUCAACCUAAAAGGCGAGACCCAACCCGACGACGCGAAGCGUCCUUUCGACGAGACCCGAUCCGCACCUCCAAACCCGCGGCCCUCGCGCGGUUCAAAGCCAGUUGAACGGCCGCGAGCGUCUACUUCCGAAGAUGCUCAAGUAUCACUGAGGUCAUCUCUGUCAAUCACAAGGAAUCGAAGCGUUGGGAAACGCGACACAUCAGCCUAUCUUCCAUUGCACGCUGGUCGCAAACACAGCGAGCCAUCGAUAGAAGGACAACGAGCAGAUGGAAGGCCAUCGAUAUCUUCCGUGUCUUCGAACCAUAUUGAGCGCUUCCACGACGCAGUAGUAGCUGCAGAGACAAAGAACAAGAGCAAAGCCACUGUCCGAGCUGCCAGGAAGGUAAUGUUCAACACACCCUCACACUCGCUACGCAACGGAAAGUCUGGCCACUCAAGGCCUGACCAAGCAGUCGGCAGUUCAGACUUGUUUGCUCGAGCGUUCGAGCAUGAACCAAAAAGGCGAUCAACCAGGGCAAAGAACACUAGCACUAUCUCGAAAACAGAAUUCGAAGAGCGCAAUCGCAGCUCAUCCACAGCGACACUGCAGAAGGAGGGGGAGCCUAGGCCACACAUAGGCAGCGGGAAGCGAUCAUCGACAGGAGACUUUCAUCCUCUGAACAAGCCCUCGCAGGCGAACGGAUUCCAGGCAGUGUGCGAAUCUGAUCCCGACCGUGUCAUUAUCGCACCGAUCGGAUCGACCGAAGCCGAGCUGAAGUUGGACAGCAGAUACCUGCCCGUCGCAUCGACGGCCCAACAGAGACGCAUAGGGCCAACGCCCAUCGCAACGUCUUUUCGCGCUACUCGAGAUCCGAGUCAAACAAGGGAAAGGUCGACUGAUCGCCAGCGCAGCAGAUCGCACCGUGAUCGCCAAAGCUUUACCAGGGUGGACGGAGAGUCGAAGCUUGCGAACGAGCCGAGCAGAUUGCCAAAGCGCCAGGAUAAAAUGACUUCGCGCAGUGCCAGGCCGGCUCGUCCUAUGGGUCCGAUGCCUAACAUCCCGACGGCAAGGCUACUCUCUAAUAACAUGUCCUGGGCGCGUGCCGGCGAGCGCGACCCAAUCGGCUCGUACAACUCACCUUCCAGCGAGCUUCCUAGCGGCACGACGCUACACGAGCGACAGUUCAAGUCUCAAGCAAGGACGCAGAGAGCCUAA